AUGAACCCUUCUUCCUCCGAGUUCAAGUCUCAAAAGAAGAUUACUCUUCAAGAAUUACAAGAACAUGAUGGCGUCAAGAGCCCUCGUUUAUGGACCUGCAUCUAUGACCACGUGUAUGAUUUGACUGAGUUUGCAGCUGUUCAUCCCGGUGGAGAAGAAAUGAUAAAAAGCGCAUGUGCAAGAGAUGCAACAGCCUUAUUUGAGUCCUACCAUUUGUCAUCCAAUGCAAUUGCAAAGAGUUAUUUGGAUAUCAAUCACAAGGGUAAAUCGAUCAAAUACGUUGGAGAGUUUGAUGUUGAGAGUGCUAAAGUAUCGAAUUCGAGCGAUCAGCUUCCGAACGACGCUGCCAUCAAAUUUACAUUCCAAUCUCCAUUAGAUAGUGAAAAACCCCAAAAAAAGCGAAACAUUUAUGAGCUCAUGAAACAGAGAAUUAGAGAGCAAUUGUUGAAGAAGUCAGACUUUAAGAGUAGAAUCAGAAAGGUUGAUGGAUUGAGAUUGAUCAAUGCUGUAUUCAUUAUUGCAGGUCUUAUCAUUUGCCAAUUAGCAUCACAAUAUAUUCCUUCUCUUCCUUUGGUGAUAGCAGUCGCUUUGGGUACACUUGCAGGAUUGUUUCAUCAUCUCACAAUGGUUCAUAUUUUGCAUGAUGUUGGUCAUGGAUCGUUCACAAACAAUGCUCGGUUUUGGAAUUGGUUCGGAACAUUUGGAAGCUAUAUUCUAGGUCAAUCGUUUUUUUGUUGGACCAUUAGACAUAAUGUCGCUCAUCACGUAUACACGAACAUGAGUGAGCUAGAUCCUGAUGUUGGCGUCUAUGAGUGGAAUAGAUAUUUAGAAGUAACCAAUACAAAUUCGACCACAAUAGUGCCGGCGACUGCGAAAAAUAUCAAUUCAGAUAAGGCUGCUGAUGAUGAAAAUGCUGUUUCAAAGAUGUAUGGAGAACCUAAGAAUUACAAAUCCGUUCCUGUGAAUAUCAUGGCCAAAACCGGGUCGUUUUCAAGUCUUCCUUUAUUGUACGCGUCCCUUAUUUUCUACAUGCAACUAGUUGACUUUAUACAUUACUGGACAAGACAUGUGAGCGAAGGAAUCACAUUUGCAUCCUCCACAUUCAGUUGGACUACUUUCCAUUUCUAUAUAUCAAAGAUUGUUUUUGUUAUUUACAGAGUUAUUCUUCCGGGUUAUCUUUUUUACAAGACCGGAGGAGUGAUUGGAAGACCAACAUUUGAGGCUUUACUAGCAUUUGUAGCAACUGAAGUGGUUGCUGGUGUCAUGUUUGGAUUCUUAAGCCAAAUUAACCAUAUUAGUGAAAAGUGUGCAUGGCCUUCAAAUGUUUUGAAUGAAAUGGUUGAAAAUUCAAGCGGGGUCAAUGAUGAUUUGGACUGGGCUGAAAUUCAAGUAAGAACUUGUAUCGAUUAUUGUCAUGACAGUUAUUUGUGGACAUAUUUGUCUGGAUUUUUGAAUUACCAAGUCAUUCAUCAUUUGUUUCCAGGAGUAAAUCCAUGGUUAUAUCCUCAAUUGUUACCGAUUGUAAAGCAAGUCUGCAAGGAAAAUAAUGUUCCUUAUACAAUUUACAAUAAUUUCAAAGAUGCAUUGGAGAGUCAUGUUCGCCAAUUGACUCUUUUUUCAAAGAAGCAACUUUUGAAAAACACUCUCUAG